GGAGGUUUGGAGCGGAGGGAUCCCGCGCCCGCGUAGGGAGUCGGGAAAGUGGCAGCUCUGGGACGCAGGGCCUCGCGCAGUGAGGUUUAAAAGCAUCAACUGGAAUCCAUUUGAAUUCGAAAAUUGGACCAACACAAAGACUUGAUAUUGUGGAAUGUCUAGCAAACAAGCCGUGUCAUCUAAGGAACAAGAAAUGCUCUUGUGUUAUAAUGGGGAAGUCCUUAUUUUUCGGCUGUCUGAGGGACAUUUUGCAGGUAAAGGGCCUGCAAAAACACCUGUAUUACAUGUCAGGAGAAUGGUGUUUGACAGAAGAACAAGAGCAUUUGUUCAGAAGUCCACUGGAUCCUUUAUGCUAAAGGAAGAAAACUCUCAUUUAAAAAUUAUGUGUUGCAACUGUGUGUCAGAUUUCAGAACUGGAAUUAAUCUCCCUUAUAUUAUGAUACAAUGCAAUAAAAAGAAUAACAUCUUCACAUAUUUUCUUCUAUUUCUUCACAGUACCAAUAAAUUCGAAAAGCGUUUGAGCUUUAGACUAAGCCAUGAGUUGAAGGAUGGUGUAAGGGUCCUUAAUGGUCCGUUCGUUUUAUGGAGACAUGUCAAAACAUUCUACUGUAUCUCUUCCCAAACAGGCAAAGUUACUACUGUGUCUCUUAAUUUUUCCUCUGUUGAGUGGGCAGGGGAGAUUGAAAAUCUAGGUAUGGUUUUAUUAGGACCGAAGACAUGUUUUUUAUCUGAAGAAGGAUCCACUCAAAAGCUUUCAAAAUCAGAUUAUGCAAUUUGGAAUACCAAAUUUUGUGUAUACUCCCUUGAAAAUGAAGAAGUAGUAAGUGAUGCAUACAUUAUACCUCCUGCUUAUACCAGUGUAAUAACUUAUGUGCAUGUCUGUGCAACUGAGAUUGUCAACAAUCAGUUAAGAAUGUCUCUGAUUGCCCUUACUCGAAAGAAUCAGCUGAUUUUAUUUCAAAAUGGGACUCCUAAAAGCGUGUGCCAGCUUCCAUUUGGAGAUCCUUGUGCAGUUCAACUUAUGGAUUCAGGCAGAGGAGACUUUUUCAUCGUAUCCUUUAGGUCUGGUGAUGCUUGUGCCAUUUGGAAAAAGAACUUUCAGGUUGCUGCUAAGUGGGAAAAAAUUAGAUCAGUACUGAUAGAUGACUUUAUAGGAACUGGAAGUGAACAAGUACUGCUACUUUUUCAGGAGUCCUUGAAUUCAGAUUGCCUGAGUUCGUUUACAAUAACAGAUCUUGGCUACGUAAGCUAUUCAAACAAAACAUUGGAUUGCAAUGAAGACGACUCAUUUGAAGACAAAGAACGGAAUCGUUAUAUGAUGGUUCCACCUCUGGAAAGAGGAUUGAAAGUUGGUUUCACUUGUAUUCAGGAAUUGCAGCAGCAUCUCUUGCUUAAGGAAAAAAUUAUUUCAAAAUCUUACAAAACUUUAAUAAACCUGGUUCAAGGGAAAGAUGAUAGUACAUCAAGUGCAGAGAAGGCACAUCUUUUUACUCUUUGUGGUAAAGAAGAAAAUCCUGUCUGUACCUUUGAUAAAAAGAUACCAGACAAUUUUCAAGAUUCAGAACAGCUAGUAGAGAAGAUAUGGUAUCAUGUAAUAGAUGACAGCUUGGUUGUUGGAGUGAAGACCACAUCUUCUUUGAAGCUGUCCCUGAAUCAUGUGGCUUUAUCACUGUUAUUGGAUCAAGCUCAUAGCUCCAGCUGUCGGCUUAUUAAGUGUCAAAAUAGGGUGAUCAAGUUGAGGAGGGAUUUUUUCCCAGCACCAUGCUCCCUGCCAUGUGAAACAGGAUCAGAUGCAAAAAGGAUCAAGUUGACUGUUGAUAGUGAGGAGGAAGAGGGAGAGAAACAGGAAAAGGAAGAGGAAAGCUUUGUUUGUGAACAGUCAUCUGAGAAAGAGUGUGUACAGGUCAUUACUGCUGUAACAUCUCUUUCACCACUUCUAGCGUUCAGUAAUUUUUGUUGUACUGUGCUGCUACAAAUUAGGGAGAGGGAAAACGGUAACUCUUCUGAAGAUCGUUAUAUUCAGUGUGGCAGACUUUUUUUAAGCCUAGAAGACCUUUCAAGUAGGCAAUACCUGCUGAUAUUUCCAAAGAAGAAACCUAUAGAACACAUGGAAGAUCUGUUUGCACUUCUCACAGUGUUUAAAAAAGCUUGUUUUCAAAUCACGUCAUCCAACUAUUCUCUGACUUCAAUGAAGAUAUGGCUCCUGGAAUACAUGAAAUGUGAAGAAAUCAAAGAAUUUCCAGAAAUUUGCUUUUGCAAGAUGCCAGGGAGUUUCUAUGGGACACUCUUCCAGUGGAAACAAAAAACACCAUUUGAAGGGAUUUUAAUAAUCUAUUCCAGGAAUCAAACAGUUUUGUUCCAGUGCCUUCAUAAUCUCAUCAGAGCUCUCCCUAUAAACUGUUUCUUCAAAAAUCUAAAAUUUGGAAGUGUUGAUUUCCUAAUUAAUCAUUUGGCGUUAACUUUGGAGAAGGAAUUGGUUACCCAUCGUUCUCUUUCUUCUGCCUUAGUUAAGGUUGAAAACAACUUGGUGCAAAGUUGUGAAGCAAGCAAAGAAAAGAGUAGUGGUGUGGCGGCUUUAUCAGACAGAGAGGAAAACGUCCAUCCCUACAGAAAAGAACUACAGAGAGAAAAGAAGCGAACGUUGGGGACGGACCUAAAAGUGAGUGGUGCCCUUUAUAGAGAAAUGGCUUUGAAGUUAGCUGAGGUUCAGCUGAGAUCAGACCUUGCUGCACAGAAACUGGCUGGUUUAUAA